CCACAUAAGCAAACACAGGCACACCACACCGCACACGCCAGCGUGAACAACAGUACUUUGGGUGAGGAUCUCCAACGAAGAUCUACGUAUUGGGUGAAAAUGCAACAAAUGCAUCUUUCGAGGAUUAUAGAUAAACUUGCAGUGAGCUUUGGGCCUCCAACGAGAGAGAGGGGAACCCCGGCCGAUCCACACAUAGCACAGCCCAACUCGGUCGUCGAUGGCCAUCGAAACUGAGGCGAACGGCCCAGAUCGACCAGCCCAUGCCCAGCACACACGAAACAGCUCGGCAGGCUAAACCCUCGCUCGUCUCCUCCCCGCGCCGCACCCACCUCCGCAGCAGCCAUGGCGCGCCGCCACCUCCGCCUCCCCUUCCCGCUCCUCUCCCGCAAUCCCACCCCUCUCGCCCGCCAUGCUCUAUGCACUUCCACCCUCGAGACCCCCGCCGCAGCGGUCGAGACCCCGGAGCAAGCCACGGAGGAGGCCGUGGAGGGGGCGGCGGCCCCCAACCUGCCCCGCCGCGAGGAGCCCCUCCACGAGACGAUCCUCCACAUGAUCCGGCGCCGCCCGUGGACAACGCGCCUCGAGACCUCCAUCCGCCUGCACUCGCCCUCCCUCGACGCGCCGCUCGUCCACGGCGUCAUCUCCGGCGCCGCCGCAACCGGACGCGCCGACCUGGCGCUCCAAUUCUUCCGCUUCGCCUACCGCCGCGCGGGUUUCCGCCCGGAGCCCGCCACCUUCGCGCUCCUCGUUCCGAUCCUCGCCUCCCGCCGCAUGCUCAACCACGCCCGCUGCCUCCUCCUCGACACCAUGCCGUCCUUCUCCAUCGCGCCCGACGAGGCCACCCUCGCCGCGCUCAUCGCAGCAUACGGCAAGGCCGCCAUCCCCCAGGAGGCCGUCAAGCUGUUCCGGAUGAUGCCCGACCUCGGUAUCCCCCGCACCGCGCUAUCCUACAACGCCGUCUUAAAGGCCAUACUCUGCCGCGGCCGCGAGGCCAUGGCCAGGCGGAUCUACAACGCCAUGAUCGCGGAUGGCGUCGCCCCGGACGUGUCCACCUACAACACAUUGAUCUGGGGGUUUGGCCUGUGCAAGAAGAUGGAGUCCGCCGUGAGGGUGUUCGGGGACAUGAAAGGUCAUGGGGUGACACCUGAUGUGACGACUUACAACACCCUGCUCAAUGCUUGGGUGCGGGCCGGUGAUCUGGAGAGUGCACGCAAGGUGUUUGACGAAAUGACUGGUGCAGGGAUCGAGCGGAACUCAGUGUCGUACAAUGUCAUGAUCAGGGGAUAUGUGGCAUCAGGUAAGGUGGAGGAGGCAGUGGGGUUGUUCACGGAGAUGGGCGAGAAGGGUGUGAGAUUGAGCGAGAAGACGUUUGCUGCGUUGAUGCCAGGGCUUUGUGAUGAUCAGGGGAAGGUGGCGGAGGCCCAGAAGGCCAUAGACAACAUGGCGGAGCGCCGGCUCACGCCAAAGGACAAGUCGGUCUUUUUGAGGCUUGUGACAACGCUGUGCAGAGCUGGAGACCUGGAUGGGGCAUUGGAGGUGCACCGAAAGAGCGGGAAGUUCAAGCAUGUUCUGGUGGAUCUGAGACAGUAUGGGGUGUUGAUGGAAGGCUUGUGCGCAGGCCGGAAGUUUGAUAGUGCUGUUGAGGUGCUAGAUGAGCUUAUGGAGAAGGGCACACUACUGAGCCCAAAGAGUCCUGUGCUCGAAGCGUCGGCUUAUAACCCAGUGAUUGAGCAUUUGUGCAACAAUGGAAGCACCAACAAGGCUGAGACAUUCUUCAGGCAGCUGAUGAAGAAAGGUGUAGAUGACAAGGUUGCAUUUAAUAAUCUUAUCCGUGGGCAUGCAAAGGAAGGCGUGCCGGAGGCGGCGCAGGAGAUUCUCACCAUUAUGGCUCGUCGUGGUAUCCCAACUGACCCUGAAUCACAUGCACUGCUCGUUAACAGCUUCCUGAAGAAGAAUGAGCCAGCUGAUGCAAAGAUAGCACUAGACAGCAUGAUGGAGCAGGGUCACCUGCCGAGCCCUUCUCUGUUCAAGUCUGUCAUGGUGGCGCUCUUCAAUGAUGGUCGGGUUCAGACUGCAAGCAGGGUCUUGAAGAGCAUGAUCGAGAAAAGGGUUACAGAGAACAUGGACAUCGCACAUAAGAUCUUGGAAACUCUCUUCAUGAGGGGCCAUGUGGAGGAGGCGAUCGGCCGCGUCAAUCUGAUGGUAGAAAAUGGAUGUAUGCCUGAUCUAGAUAAGUUGCUGGUCGGCCUUUGUGAGAACGAUAGAGUCAUGGAGGCACAGAAGCUGGCUGAUUUUGCGUUGGACAGGGACUUUGAUGUUGGCUUCUCGACCUAUGACAGAGUUCUUGAGGCCCUGUACACUGAGGAAAAGACAUUGCCCGCAUACUCCAUGCUUUGCAAGAUCAAGAACAAAGGUGGUGUUGUGGACCAGAAAGGUUGUGAUGCUUUGCUCGAGAGCUUAAAAUCUGAAGGGUACUCAAAGCAAGCAGAUAUUUUGUCUAGGAUCUUGAUGGAGAAUGCACCAUCAACAUCCAAGAAGGGCAAAAGGGUUGCUAUGGGUGCGUAAAACAAUCUAUCUUCUUUUUUACUUGACGAAGAAAGAUGUUAUUUCUUUCUUUUUACCACUGCUUCUUGAGCUGUUGGUCAAGUGGGGAUUUUUAUCCUAUGAGGCAGCAGGUACACUUACUUUCUUUUCGCAGAAUCCUGAUUUAUUCUGUGCCAUUUCUUAGUGAGGAAAACAUAUUCAAUAAUCCACAAAGGUGUAUUUCCUUUCAUGAAUUUUGGUGCUAAACUGAGCAAUCAUAACUUUAAGAUGAUGUUCUGCGGUGGUUUUUAGUGGCUCUAACAAAAAAACAAAAAAAAACUUAAGGUUUUAGUUUUGGCUUGAAGCCAAGGAGUUACUCCAUGUUUUUCAAUCUUUUAUUGGUUAAAAUUCCCUCAUUUAUUUCAUGGAGACUGAUGAUAGAUGACAUGCAUAUCGGAGUCUCUUUUGUUUCGUUACAUGCCCUAUAUGGUUUGCUAGAUUUGUGAACUGUCAUUCUAUCCUUUUUUGUUAAGUGUUAGCUUUUUAUUCUCGAUUUGCCGCCUAACUCCAUAGUCUAUAGUACAAAAUGGCCAACAUUGCACCUCGAAGGCAUCGUUUCAGCACUAUUUUCAUACCAUUUUUGUUGCAUUCCAGUCUAACAACUUUGCUGUGACCAUCAUUCAGUUUUGGCCAUUUUUCAAGUUUGGUUCUCAGGUUACAGACAAGUUCAGCUUGUGCUGUAUUACUUUGUUUGUAAUAAUAGUAUGCAAGUAUACAUGCUCAAAUUGCUCUCCUCUUGUGUGUUUGCAAGGGUAGCUACAGUUUUGGAUGUAUAGCUAGACCCAUCUUUGUUUCAAUAUCCAUUCGAUGAUGUCUUCAUGUUAUAUUCUGCUUACCGUCCUCUUAUCUGUUCCUUUUCUGGUCAUGCCAGAGUUGACUAGCGAAGCAAAAUAUGAACCAUGCUGGUCAGUCAUAACUUUAUAACCAUUUCAAGAUUCAGUAUGGCAAUUCCUGCCAGUGCCAGGCGUGAUUUUUUAUUUUUUUUUUCUAGUCAUUUUUUGCUUGCAAGAAGUUGGAGUGGUGCUGUUCCAUGUCUUGCCCUUCCACACUGUUUUCCUUUCGUGUUUUUUUUUAUAUGUUCAAUGGAUCAUUUUCAUUGUCGUUUUCAUAAUGUAGUCUCGUAGUGCCACUAUUUUUAGUUGUGAUUCCUGAACAGACAAAUUCUUUCAGCUCAUUUUUUCUGGCACUUGCAGCCCCUUGUCUUCCACCCUUUCCACCUCUGGGAGUUGCAUGAGUCCUGAUACUAUUGGUUUUGCUCCUCUCUUCGUUUCGACACUUCCAUUUCUGGAAUCGGAUUUUUCAGGAAGAAAUAUAUCUGCAUCACCUACACCUGGACGAGAGUUGUCUGGUUGUAGCUUGUUAGUA